CACCGCCCUAAGGGCGGCGGCGCCAGCGACCGCGGUAAUUGCAGCUGCUCAGGGGCAGGGCUUGCCCCAGCGCCAGUAGUGGCAACGGCGUGUUGCGUCGGGGGUGUCUGGGAGCCGGGAGCCUGAAAUCGGCAGCUCUCCAGGCAGACACACUCUCACCAGGAAGAGGUGCUAUCUAAUCAGCUGGAGCAGUGGGACCACCCCGAGGGGCUUCCCCAAGUUGAGGAGAGGUGGGGUUACAGGUCACAGGUGAUAAGGCCGGAGAAAGAUGGAGCAGCCCGGGGCGGCGGCGUCGGGAGCGGGAGGCGGCAGCGAGGAACCCGGUGGGGGCCGGAGCAACAAGCGGAGCGCGGGGAACCGGGCCGCCAACGAAGAGGAAACGAAAAACAAACCCAAAUUGAACAUUCAAAUAAAAACUUUGGCAGAUGAUGUGCGUGACCGAAUUACAAGUUUUAGAAAAUCUACUGUCAAAAAAGAAAAACCUCUUAUUCAACAUCCUAUUGAUUCUCAAGUUGCAGUGAGUGAGUUUCCGGCAGCUCAGCCAUUAUAUGAUGAACGAUCUUUGAAUUUGUCAGAAAAGGAAGUACUGGAUCUCUUUGAAAAAAUGAUGGAGGACAUGAACCUUAAUGAAGAACGAAAAGCUCCUUUACGAAACAAAGAUUUUACCACCAAGCGUGAGAUGGUUGUCCAGUAUAUUUCUGCUACUGCCAAAUCUAUAGUUGGAAGUAAAGUUAUGGGAGGGCUGAAAAACAGCAAACAUGAAUGCACCUUAUCUUCACAAGAAUAUGUUCAUGAAUUACGAUCUGGUAUUUCAGAUGAGAAACUUCUUAACUGCCUUGAAUCUCUGAGGGUUUCUUUAACCAGCAAUCCUGUCAGCUGGGUUAACAACUUUGGCCAUGAAGGUCUUGGACUCUUACUGGAUGUGCUGGAAAAGCUUCUGGACAAGAAACAGCAAGAAAAUAUAGACAAGAAGAAUCAGUAUAAACUUAUUCAGUGCCUCAAAGCAUUUAUGAAUAAUAAGUUUGGAUUGCAAAGGAUUCUAGGAGAUGAAAGGAGUCUUUUGCUAUUGGCAAGAGCAAUUGAUCCCAAACAACCCAACAUGAUGACUGAAAUAGUAAAAAUACUUUCUGCUAUUUGCAUUGUUGGAGAAGAGAACAUUCUAGAUAAACUUUUAGGGGCUAUAACUACUGCAGCAGAAAGAAAUAAUAGGGAACGAUUUUCACCAAUUGUGGAAGGAUUAGAAAAUCAUGAAGCUUUGCAAUUACAGGUGGCCUGCAUGCAGUUUAUAAAUGCUCUUGUCACUUCACCUUAUGAGCUUGAUUUUAGAAUACAUUUAAGGAAUGAAUUCCUCCGUUCCGGACUAAAAACAAUGUUACCAGAUCUAAAAGAAAAAGAGAAUGAUGAGCUUGAUAUUCAGUUGAAAGUAUUUGAUGAGAACAAAGAAGAUGACCUAAAUGAAUUAUCACACCGUCUCAAUGACAUUCGAGCAGAAAUGGAUGAUAUGAAUGAAGUGUAUCAUCUUCUAUAUAAUAUGUUGAAGGACACUGCUGCUGAAAAUUACUUAUUAUCCAUUCUACAACAUUUUUUGCUCAUCAGAAAUGAUUAUUACGUCAGGCCACAGUAUUACAAAAUAAUUGAGGAGUGCGUUUCACAGAUAGUGCUGCACUGCAGUGGUAUGGACCCAGAUUUCAAGUAUAGGCAAAGAUUAGACAUUGAUUUCACGCAUCUGAUAGAUUCUUGUGUGAACAAGGCAAAAGUUGAAGAAAGUGAACAAAAAGCAGUGGAAUUUUCAAAGAAGUUUGAUGAAGAAUUCACAGCUCGACAGGAAGCUCAAGCUGAACUUCAAAAACGAGAAGAAAAAAUUAAAGAGCUUGAAACAGAAAUCCAGCAACUUCGAACCCAGGGACAUGGACUCUCAGGUUCAUCAGGAAUUCCAGGUCCUCCUCCACCACCUCCACUGCCAAGUGGUGGGUCAUCCCCACCACUACCACCUCCACCAGCACCACCUCUACCUGGAGGAACUCUCCCUCCUCCUCCACCUCCUUUACCUGGAAUAAUGGGUAUACCACCACCACCACCACCACCACCACCACCACCACCUUUGUUUGGGGGACCUCCUCCACCACUUCCCCUUGGAGGAGGAAUUCCUCCUUUCCCAGAAGCAGCACUUGAUUUGCCUUAUGGGAUGAAGCAGAAAAAAAUAUAUAAACCUGAGGUGCCCAUGAAGAGAAUCAAUUGGUCAAAGAUUGAACCCAAAGAAUUAUCUGAGAACUGUGUCUGGUUAAAAGUUAAGGAGGACAAGUUUGAAAAUCCUGAUCUCUUUGCAAAAUUGACACUGAAUUUUGCUACCCAGAUAAAAGUUCAAAAGAAUGUAGAAGCUUCAGAAGAAAAGAAGAUCCUCCCUGCAAAGAAGAAAGUGAAAGAAUUGAGAAUUUUGGAUCCCAAAACGGCCCAGAAUCUGUCUAUCUUCCUAGGAUCAUAUCGUAUGCCAUAUGAAGAUAUAAAAAAUAUUAUUCUGGAGGUUAAUGAAGACAUGCUGAGUGAAGCCUUAAUUCAGAACCUUGUAAAACAUCUUCCUGAGCAGAAAGUACUCGGUGAAUUAGCACAACUGAGGAAUGAAUAUGAUGACCUCUGUGAGCCUGAGCAAUUUGGAGUUGUGAUGAGCUCAGUGAAAAUGUUACAGCCUCGUCUCGAAAACAUUCUUUUCAAGCUGACAUUUGAAGAACAUGUAAACAACAUCAAACCAAGCAUCAUAGCGGUAACGCUUGCCUGUGAAGAACUGAAGAAAAGUGAAAGCUUUAACAGACUUUUAGAGUUAGUUCUUUUGGUUGGAAACUACAUGAACUCAGGCUCAAGAAAUGCCCAGUCUUUGGGUUUUAAAAUCAACUUCCUUUGUAAGAUCAGAGAUACUAAGUCAGCAGAUCAAAAAACAACCCUCUUGCAUUUUAUUGCUGAAAUUUGUGAGGAAAAAUACCGGGAUAUCCUGAAAUUUCCUGAAGAGCUGGAACAUGUAGAAAGUGCAAGCAAAGUUUCAGCUCAAAUUCUCAAGAGCAACCUUACAGCAAUGGAACAACAAAUUAUUAAUCUGGAACGUGACAUCAAGAAAUUCCCUGAAACAGAAAAUCAACAUGAUAAGUUUGUGGAGAAGAUGACAAGCUUUACAAAGAGUGCCAGAGACCAGUAUGAAAAACUGUUCACCAUGCACAACAACAUGCUGAAGCUCUAUGAGAAUCUUGGAGAAUACUUUAUUUUUAACUCUAAGACAGUGAGCAUAGAAGAGUUCUUUGGUGAUCUCAGCAACUUCCGAACUUUGUUUCUGGAAGCAGUGAAAGAAAACAACAAGAGAAAAGAAAUGGAAGAGAAGACUAAGAGGGCAAAGCUUGCAAAAGAGAAAGCUGAACAAGAAAAGUUAGAACGCCAGAAGAAAAAGAAACAACUCAUUGAUAUAAACAAAGAGGGUGAUGAGACUGGUGUGAUGGAUAAUCUUCUAGAAGCCCUACAAUCAGGUGCAGCAUUCCGAGACCGCAGAAAGCGGAUUCCAAGGAAUCCAGAUAACAGACGAGUACCUUUGGAAAGGUCACGCUCUCGCCACAAUGGAGCUGUCUCAUCUAAGUGAAUCCUGAUGCCAAAGAAUAUGAAAAUAUUUAAGUGAGAACAUAGCCUUCAUCAUUGUCCUGGAAACUGAGGGCCUGCCUAAGGUCACCAUUGAGGUCAAGCUUUCCCAACUACGGAUGACUGGAAGUUGAUUUCAGAGGAGUGCUUUCAGGAGCUGAUGACUGAUUGAAGACAAGGAGGAAGAUUUUCCCUCCAAAGUCAAGCUUUUAACAAGUAUUUGGAAUGUACACUGAGGGAUUUGGCUGUACUCCAAUUAUGCUAAUAUGUUUUAUAUAUGGGCUUCCAGCAUCCAGAACCACCUCCCUAAACAAUUUAAUAAGUGUAAAUAUCAAGGCAGAGUUGUAAAUGUGGAACUUAUUUUUAAUGUAUCAACCUUGUUAUUAUCAAAUGUCAUAGGGUAUAAGUCAUGGCAAUUAUGCUGCCUGCUUUUUAUUACAUUUAUUUUACUUUGUAAAAGUGCACUAUAUCCUCAUAAGUGUCUCCUCUUCUGCUCUGCCUAAGUAACAUACCCUGUCUAUGUGUUCUGGAGUCACAGAUCACAGAAACUUUAAGAGUCAAAGGAUUAAUGGGUAUCCCUGUAGCAAAGAGAUUCAUGGGUCAUCGGCUCCACCCACUGACACUAUAUCCUCCACAUUAGGCUUCACUGUGUGUUUCAGCAAUUCAAGUUGUGGGACCUUGUGGGUUUCUCCAUACAAGAAACUUUAUGGUCUAAAAUACAGAAUUGUUUCUUCUUCCUCCCUCCCACCACCUGAGCAUGCAGAUAUGUGUAUGUCCCUGUUACAUAGAAGCUGACAAUUUUGCACAAAACCUUCAAACUCUUGAUUGCCAGUUUAGUGUGAUACAGCCCAGAGCCACCUCCUAAGUGGUCUCUUGGCAGGUGAAAGUGAGGGGAAGGAGCCCUGAUUUUUCUGGUUUGGAGCAGAAAGGCAUCCACUACACCAGCCCAUAAUUCCCAUUUCCAGGUAAUCUCUUUCUCUUCCCCUCCUUCUUGCUUCUCACUACAUUUCAUCAACCACUCCAAACAAGAAAGGCAGGUGACUCUCUUACUCCAUAUAACUAAGCAUUUUAUGGCAACAGUUCUCUUUUCUUACAAAGGAGACCUUCUAGUCUAUCUACAGGCUUCCCUGGUAUUAAUCUGCCAAGCUGCAGAAGUCUGUUGGUGAGUGAAUUUAUUUUUAAGGGUUUUGAAAAAGUGCCACUGUUUUCAAAGUUUCCUUGAAAGACAAGGACCAAAAAGAAAAAAAUAGUAGUUAACCCUUGAACCUAGGAGGUUCUUCAGGAACAUUAUUUCCCUUAAUCAUAGCAUACCCCCACCAUUUUGCUUUAUGAUCCAACAAGCAUGUUAACAACAAGCUAUUUAUUUGUUCAUUACCUAUUCCACAAAUAUCCACUGAGCAACUACUGUGUGACAGGCAUUAUAUAAUAGUGGGCAAAAAUAGACAUGAUUCAGGUCUUCAGGAGCUUACAGUCGAGUGGAGGAUGCCAAUGAUAAACUAAUCUAUACAUGAUUACAAUUGAGUGAAGUGUCUAAGAAGGAAAGAAUACAAAUAUUAUAGGAGAAAAUAAUGUCAUAUGUGUGUGUGGUGGGGAGGGGGGCGUAAAUUAUACUGGGUGGUCAAGAACCACCUCUCUAAAGAAGUGAUAUUUAAUUGGAGACCUAAAGGAUGAGUAGAAGUUAACCAGGUGAAAGUGAGCAUUUGUGUAAACACAAGGGAAAUGAAACACAUACGAUGGAGUAAUGUAUUAGUCAGCUUUAGCUAGUUUGUACUAUUAUUACAAACAAUAAAACCUCAGUUACCAUAGCAAAAGUCCAUGUGGCAACUACAGGUCAUCUGUGGUUGUUUCACAUGCUGAAGGAGGAGCCUUUAUUUGGGACAUGUCAUUCUUACAUUAGAGGGAAAAGAACAAAAAAAUCUGAACCAUGCCAUGCCUCUUAAAGCUUCUGAUCAUAUGUGGUAAAGGUCACUUUGGCUUACAUUCCAUUGGCCAAAGUGAGUUUUAUGACCAAGCCCACAUUAAUUUGGCAGGGUUCAUGGCAGGAAGCAGAGAUGUGCUCUAUAACAGGGAGGAAAUAUUAAUACCUGGAAAUAAUAUUGCAAUCUACCAGAGCCCUUGUCUGACUUCCACCUAUCCCUUUAAUAGACAUUAAUUUCCCAGGGUCUCAGUUUCCUCAUCUCUAAAAAUGAUAUUUAAAAUAACUAAAGAGAACCUAAGAUGGGGUGUUCCAGGGUUGGGUCUGGCCCUCAAGUAAGGUAGCAGGUUAGGGGAAUAAAAAUUGUAUAAUCUAGAGCCUAAGUUUUCUCUACGUUUUCCUUUGGCAUUUUAUUUCAAUUACAGUAAUAGAAAUAAAACAAGUUUUGGCAUGCUACCUUGGCCACUAAGUAGCUGUGCUACAUUGGGCAAGUUAGUUAAACUCUUGGACUAUUGUAAGAAUUAUGUAAAAUAAUGUAUGUGAGAACAUUUUGUAUAUUAUAAUGCCAUACAAAUAUAAUCAUUAUUAUAUUUAUCUCACUGCCAAGAUCACCUCUACUAAGCCUCAUCUGUUUCUCUCAUACCCUUAAUACCACAUUUCAGCUGGCCACCUCAAGCUCACCAUGUCAAAACUCAGAAUUAUCUUCUCUCCCAGGCAAUUCCCAUCCAGCUCCCACUCCAGACUUCAUUGUGUUUAUCACUGGCACUGAUGUGCUGCUUCUUAAUCACCAGGGUUAACAAAACUUCAUUUUGUUUUUGACAUCCACACCUCCACUCAGUUCUAUCAAUUGUCCCUUCACAGCAUAGUAUACAUGGAUCUCUUUCUGAUUUCAAAGCCUCCACCCACAUCCAGAUCCCACUCCUUGAUGACCGUAAUAACUGUUCUUUCUGCCUAUACUUUCACCCCUGUCCAAAGCAGCCAUUUGAUUAUCUGAUCUCCACACUCAAAUCCCCACAGUGGCUCACCAAAGAAUACAAAAUUAAAAUCCAAACUCUUCAGCUCGAUAGCAAACAUCCUCCAAAUUUGGCCUAGCUCACUUUUCCCAAACUUCCCUUUCACUCUUACCCAUAUAUCUCUGCUGCAGCCAUCACAACCUAACUCACCAUUCUCUAAAAAUCUCCAUUAUCUAGAUCAGCACUGGCCAGUAGAAAUACAAUGCAACCCACAGAUGUAAUUUAAAAUAUCUAGUAGCUACAUUUUAAAAACUAAACAGAAACAAGUGACAUUAAUUUUAAUAUAUUUAAUUCAAGCCAGUAUAUCUAAAAUAUCAUCCUUUAAACAUGUAAACAAUAUAAAAGUUAUUAAUGAAGCACCUUACAUUCUUUUUCAUACUAUCUUUUCAAAAAGCCCAUGAACAUUUUGUACUUUCACUGCAUCUCAAUUUGUAUGCACUAGCCACAUUUCCAAUGCUUAGUAGCCAUAUGUGGCUAGUGGCUAUUGUAUUAGAUGGCAUAGACCUACCCCCACCCUGUGACUCAAUGCAAACUUUGUCCUCUGCUUGAAAUACUUCCCACUCAAACUGUCACCUGUGGAAAUGCUACCUUCCAAAGACACAGCUUCAUAGCCCACAUGCUCUAAGAAGUCUUCAAAGAUUCUCUCAACUGAAAUUCAUCUUUUCCCUCUCCCAUACAACCAUACACAACAUUUUGUUAUAUAUCUCUAAAUGUUAUGGGUAGAUAAUACAUUCAUUUGUUUCAAAACUCGGAGUACCAAAGAAUAUGUGUACAAUUUCCCUGCCACCCACCCUAAUCCUCUCCGCUGGAGGCAAACAAUAUUAUCAGACUUUUGUGUAUCCUUGCCAAUAAAACUUAUACAUAUAUAAAUACAUUUGCAAACAUACAUUUCUUCCCUCCAUCCUUUUUAAAAAAUAGUGGUAUAUUAAACUUAUCGUUCUAUGCAUUACAUGUUUGUACUUAACAGUCUAUAUUGGAGAUAAUUCCAUAUUAGUAUAUUAAGUUUAUCUGUCUCCCUGACAGGAUAGAGAUUUUGUCUUUUUUUUAUAUCCUUACAUAGCUCUGCACCUUGGACUCUGGGACUAUGCUUAAUACUCAGUAAAUGUUUGUUGAAUUG